GAGCCUCGCUUAUUGCUCCGUGAAGCUGGGGACUCGCAUUUCGUGAGAUCACGUCCUCUGGUGUGCGCUGCGGUAAUCACGGCGAGUGUACGCCGGCCUUCGGAUCAUCAUCAGUCGGAUCGAAGCCAAUUUCUGAUUUAAGGACUUGGCGAUAGAAGCGAAAGAGAGAGCUCGAAGUUUGUAUUCGUAACGUGGAUCGGAAGCUCGCCACGCUCGAACAUGGGCUGCGCUUAGCUCCUUUGUGGGUCUAAAGGCUUCCUCAUCUCGGGUGCUGGGAUCGCCCGUCCGGACUACCGCAUAUUCGAGAGCGGGACAGAAGCCACGAUGUGGGCGAGGAGUGAUUACGAGGAUGGGUUGGAUACCUAUAAAUCGGGCUCUGGUACUGCCUCUCCAUCGUGGGCCCCAGGCUGUGACUCCUCUUGGCAGGCCGGGACCUCCUCUGCUAGCAGCAGCAGUAACCGGGGUCGGCGCCACAGCACGGCCUCUGACAGUGCCGACACAGGUAUUGGCACGUCCUGCUCCGACAGCGUGGAAGAUCACUCCAGCUCCAGUGGGACUUUGUCCUUCCAGCCCCUGCGGCCCCAAGCCAACAUCCCCACAGCUCAUGUCAUGCCAUCCCCCUCCAGCUCCAAGCCCAACAGCCUUUCCACUGGGGGCCGCUGGAGCUCCUCGCAACCUACAACACCCCUCAAUGGCCCGCUAGACAUGAAGGACCCGCGUCCUGUGCGCCGCUGGUCAUCGUUGACCCGCCUGGCAGGACCAGACAAGGGCAACAUGCACAGUAGAGCCAGCAGCAGGGCAGAUGUGCAUGGCUCAUUGGACCGAGGCCUCCAGUAUGGCUCUCGGCUGGGCAGUCUCCAGCAUGGCCUAGAACACCUGCGCCUGGAUGUCACUUCAGGCCUCGGUGCACUGCCACUGGGCUCAGAGUCCCGUUACAGAUAUGACUUAAGUGGUACGACAGAUUCCUCUGCCUCCCUGGCCAUCAAGCCUAGUACACUGGACCUGACCUUCAGUGCCUUGCCAGAGAGCAGGCCUCCUGUGGCGGGGCUCCAGGCCCCUGGACAGAGAGGUGCAUCCCUCGGCCACCAGACAGUGGGAGGGUCGCCCAUACAGUCCUCCGUGCGCACCCAGAUGUGGCUAAGUGAGCAGAUGCACACCAAUCCCGUGGACUACCGACCUGUUUCAGACCCCUGCGGGGGUGGCCCCUGGCUUCAGGAACAGCAGAGGGACCGGCUUAGGCAAGAUGCAGAGCUUACACAGAUGCUGAGCGCGAGCACCCUGGUGAAGAUCAAAGAGGGCCUCCUACGCCAGAGGGAGCUGGAGAUCGACAGGCAGAAGCAGCAAAUACUGCAGCUCCAUGCAAGAAUCAGGGAGAAUGAGCUAAGAGUGCAACAAGCCCUCCAGAACCACAGGGGGUGCAGUGAGGAUACUUACCUGCUGAAAACCAAGGAGUCCCCACUGGAUGGUCCGCAGCUCUCCAACGGGGCAGGCCCCCUCUGCUCUGAGAAUGGGGAAGUAGGCCGCAGGCUUGCUGCCGCCGAAAUGGAGGUCAUCCGCCUCAACGAGUUCCUCAAACAGAACACGCAGAAGUACACUGAGGACAUUAAGAAGCUGGAGGAGAAGAUGAAGACACGCGAUCGCUACAUCAGCAGCCUGAAGAAGAAGUGCCAGCGUGAGGGCGAGCAAAACCAAGAGCGGCAGCAACGGAUAGAGACGCUGGAGAAGUACCUGGCUGACCUGCCCUCCCUGGACGAGGUCCAGAGCCAAGCCCAGCAGCUGGAGGGGGUUAGGACCACGGCACAGAGCUUGCAGGACAAGGUAGCCCAGCUGGAGCACAGCCUGGGAGAGAGCAGGGCCUUGCUGAAGGAGAAGGAGGCGCUGAUCGAGAGCCAGAGCCUCCGUGAGCAGGAGCUGGUGGCGUCUGUGCAAAGCCUGCAGGAGAAGGUGGAGAAGUGCCUUGAGGAUGGUGUACGCCUGCCCAUGAUGGACCUGAAGCAGCUGGAGAGUGAGAAUGCCCGCCUGCAGGAACAGCAUGCCCACAGCAGCAAGAUCUUGGCCAGCCAGAAGAAGCAGAUGGAGAAGCUCGGCCUGGAGCUGGCGGCUGUUGAGGAGAGGCUGCGAAAGGAGAGGGGCACGUCGCAGGAACUGCGUGAUCAGCUGCAGGAGAAGGACAAGGCCCUGGCGGCACUCCACUCAGCCCUGCAGGAGAUCCAAAUACGAGUGGACGACAGGGUGGAGCGGUCAGGCCCCGCAGCCCUUACGGUGGAGGUGGCCCCCCUUCUGAAGGAGAUGUCUCUGUGCCUGCUGGAUCUCAAGGCGCUCUGCAGCGUCCUGACCCAAAGGGCCCAGGGCAAAGAGCCCAACUUGGCCCUGCUACUGGGAAUCAAGUCAAUGAACUGCUCAGGUGAGGAGAGCGAGAAGCCUCUCCCAGAGGACAGCCUGCGGGCCAAGCUGUCCGAGGUGCGGCAGCUGAGGAGGGAGAUUGACGAGCUGAGGACCGUCAUCUCGGACCGUUACGCGCAAGACAUGGGGGACAACUGCAUCACGCAGUGAUGGCACGACCCACGCUGGAGUGGCUGUGUCACCUCUGCCUUCCCCGGCAUCCCCAGCACCGGGCUGGUAACCUGAGGCUGGAGGAUGUGGGGGAAGAUGUAGGCGUCCUUUUAUUUUUUCCCUCAACAGCCUGAGGAGAUGAAAUACCGAAAGCUGCACUGAAUAGAGACACGUGGGUUUGCUACAGCCCUGGCAGCUGGAGAUCUCUGUAACUACUGAAUGUAGGACCAAGCUGUGAAUUGCGUUUACAAGGGAAUCAUCUUAGCUUUGCAGUGUUAAACCCCUAUUUAGCGUGUGAUCGGAUCUGUCCGUCUGUCUGAGUUCCCACAGCGAAAGUUAGAACUGUGGACAGUCUCCAUUUGCUUUUCUGGAGGAUGCUACCCCAGGGCCACGCUUGUAUCUCCAGCCAGGUCAGUCAGUCCCAGAUGCUGCUUCACUAAGUGCCUGUUGGUCUGCCAGUUACAGCCAUCCUUCCCCUACCACCGUUUGAGCCCAAAGAUGGGGGAUGAUUGACACCCAUGUCUCUAUCAUCUCAAACACUUACCAACACCGAGCCCAGAGUCCUUCUGUUAUUUCUACUUUGGCAUUUCUACUUUGACUCUCAUCAGCAUUUUCAAUUGUUUAAAUCUGAUCCAGUGUUACCAGCAGCCCAGGCAUUUGAUACUUGUGUACAAACCAAAUGAGUGGGUUUUUUUUAUACAGCGAGUGACAGGGUUGCUAAGAGGUUGAGAGAAAAAAAAGCUUCAUUGAAUCAUUGAGACUCAUGGUAACACUGGUUCAGGAUUUAAGAACCUGUUAAUUUCACAAAAAAUAAUGGGAUAGUAGCUGUUAUCAAGCCGCUUAUCAGACCACUGCAGAUGUUUCAUUCAGGAAAGUGGCCAGUCCCACAAGUUAUGUUUUAUGUUUUUUAGUUGGACAGUUUUAGUACGAGUGUGUGUGUCUGCAUGUAUAUUGAAGUUGGUAAGCAGUGAAUAUCCAGUCUGGAAAUGGUUAAGGGAUUUCAUUUCUGAGAGAAGGACUGCAGGUUCAGUCCCUGGGCAGGAACCUGUCUCAUACUAACUUAUAUCACUGCAACUAAACAUAGAGCUGAUUAAUGGCUGUGUGACUCAGUGACACACAAGGGCAGCAAGCUGCUGCUGUAUCAGUCUUGCCAUAUCUACUGUUACCGAGUUUAAGACCUUAAUCUUAAUUUCCUGAUGGGGAUCAACAAAGUAAAUUCUCUUUUUGGCUACCCCAUCUUGUUCUCCGUGCCACGUGCAGGGCUGCCACUUGUAGUGAUGCCCAGGGAGCUGGGGGUUGGGGUUAAGGCUGAGGCUGAGCUUCCGUUCACGUACACAGAGGCUUAAUCCACUGAGCUGCACGCUGCGCCCUAAAUUCAGCCAAACUCUGCCGCAACUUUACCAGUGCAGAGGUGAAGCAUAGCUGUCAUUUGCAUGUCAAAUACAGGAAAAUGAUCAGUUGGGUGCUUGCAGGCCAUCGCUCACGUGUUAAAUAGCACAGUCUGGAAAUGCUUCAGAAACGCUCAGUAGUUUAGUUCAUCCACGACGGGGUGUGGAGAACCUAUGCAACGUCACAUUUACCAGCACUGCUGCAGCAGUUUGUGAAGACAGCCUUCCUCAGUGCCUUGACAUGAUUAUGCAACAGGGCUUUUUAAUUCUUGUUAGAUUAAGGUCAGUAACAGAGUAUUUUAAGUCUCUGCUUCCCAGACAUGUUAGGUGGGGUUAAAUAUGUUCCCCUUUAUCGGCAGGCUUAAAACAGUUAUUCCUCUUUAAUAUAUUUAAGCCAUAGUGGCAUAAACUGCAUAUGUCUGCUCAGGAGAUUAGGAGACCAGAAUGUAUUUACUGUAUGGAGUGUAGGUCUGACAAGGUGGGAAUGGUCCUGAUCUCAUGGAGGACCAGCUGGCUGUGCUUGAACUGCUCCAAAUGAUGACUAGUUAACUCUGCUACUUCAAUAUCUUUAGUAAAAAAUAAUUAGCAGACUUACCCUCAGCUCUAAUCAUUAGACAAAAGGGGGAACCACAUGCACUAACAACUGAGUUUGCUAAAGGAGGAUGGAGCAGUAAGUCACCACCACUAUGAGACCACUGAUGUAGCCUGAAGAGGGAAAAUGCCAUCAGACUCCCACAAUGCACUGUGGGCAGGCAGCCACUGGUUGGCUUUACUGUUCCCUGUGCUUUCCCACUGGUUUCUAAUGUCAAGCUUUUAGUUUUUGCAGCUAGAUUUUAUGAAUGCCAAAGUUCUAUUUAUAUAUGUUCCAAAAAAGUAUUAAGACUAGUAUUUUUCCAUUUGAACAUUGUUUGCUUUAAUUUGUACAGAGGGGAAAUAAACUAUUUUUGUAUGAA